AUGAACAACGUAAAUUACAAAGAGGAACACAUUGUGAACUCACGUGGAGUGAAGCUUUUCACGUGCCGAUGGGCACCUGCAGAUGUUGAUCCAAAAGCUUUGAUUUUCUUGUGCCAUGGUUAUGGCAUGGAGUGCAGCAUCUCAAUGAGAGCAGGUUGUGCUACCAGGCUCGUUGAGGCCGGGUACGAAGUCCAUGGCAUCGACUGUGAAGGCCACGGAAAGUCGUCUGGUCUGCAGGGACUGGUUACCAAUUUCGAUGAUCUUGUCGAUGAUUUGUCCGAACAUUUCACUAAUAUUUCUGAGAGGAGAGAAAAUAGGGGGAAAAUGAGGAUUCUAUUGGGCGAGUCCAUGGGUGGGGCAAUGGUUUUAAGACUUCAUUUAAAGAAGCCCGAUUAUUGGGACGGCGGGAUCCUCGUUGCACCUAUGUGUAAGAUUGCUGAUGAUAUUAGACCAAACCCAUUGGUGAUUAAAAUAUUGAUUGCUUUGUCUCGGGUUAUCCCCACCUGGAGACUUACCCCAACUCCAGACAUUAUUAACAAAGCAAUUAGAGACCCACAAGUUGUCAAGGAGGUUAGAUCAAAUCCAUACACAUACAAAGGCUUGCCCCGUCUGCAAACAGCCCACCAAUUAUUUAAAGUCAGCAUGGAUUUGGAAACAAGACUACACGGGGUCUCCUUGCCCUUCAUUGUCCUUCAUGGAGAGGACGAUAAAGUGACUGACCCGUCUGUGAGCAGAGUUCUUUACGAGUCUGCUCGCUCAUCGGACAAGACUUUCAAGCUGUACCCUGGGAUGUGGCACUCCCUGUCAUAUGGUGAGCUCCCGGAAAAUAUCGACACUGUGUUUUCCGACGUUUUUCAGUGGCUGGACCGCAAGUCUGCCGCCAGAAACGCCCAACUCGAGGAGCAGAAGAAGUUUGGUAACGAUCAAAAUUCGCUCGAAAUUGGAUCCAAGUGA